UGCCAAGAGAAAAUUGAGAGGAAUGUCUAUGGCUGGAUGUACUCCCGGAACAUUAUACGCCUCACACAGUGUAGAUUUUCUUCAGCAAAUGUUCGUUCCUCAAGCUUCUCUACAACUAACAGGGACACAGGGUCACAAAUUUACCAAAGACAGAAAGAAGCAACAUAAUGAAUGGGAGAAUUGUUUGGCUUUUCCAUCUUCUGUGCUUCACAGGUGCUGCUCUGCAGAUGACGGGACCUUCUACAUAUAAAGCCAGAGUUGGAUCCAUUGCCCACAUUCCCUGCACCUUCACAGCACAUAAACUUCCUGCAGAUCCCAAAUAUUUUGCAGUUAUUUGGAAUUUAGAAGGAAAACAUAUCCUUAGCUAUGAUAACAUUGUGACAUCAACUGAUCCCAGAUAUUCAUUGGAUAAAGAUCGAGCGUUGAAUGGAUCCGCUCAUCUGACCAUCUCUAAUACAUUCCCAUCAGAUGGUGGAAUCUACACAUGUUCAGUGAUCGAUAGCCCUGUACGACGGGAGAAAGAGAUCAGAGUGAAAAUUUCAGGUGCUGCUCUACAGAUGACGGGACCUUUUACAUAUGAAGCCAGAGUUGGAUCCAUUGCCCACAUUCCCUGCACCUUCAAAGCGGAUAAACUUCCUGCAAAUCCCAAAUAUUUUGCAAUUUUUUGGUAUUUAAAAGGAAAACAUAUCCUAAGUUAUGAUAACACUGUGAUACCAACCGAUCCCAGAUAUUCAUUGGAUAAAGAUCGAGCACUGAAUGGAAAUGCUUCUCUGACCAUCUCUAAUCCAUCUGUAUCAGACGGCGGACUCUACACAUGCUCUGUCAACUACAGUUCUUUCCUAAUGAAGAGAAAGAUCAGCAUGACACUUUCAGCCCGACCUCUACUCUCCAUGCUCGGCAGUGUCCAGAGAAAUAGAGAGAACACCCUGACCUGUAUGGCCAAUCGAUACUUUCCUAAUGACAUCAAUGUAACGUGGUAUAAAGAUGGAAAAGUCCUGAAGAAUCAGUCCAUGGGAGAGCCACUCCAAUACGACAAUGGAACGUACCAAGUGAACAGCACGGCGAAAAUCACACCGAGCGAUGAUGACCGGAACAAAACGUUCUCCUGCAGAAUCCAACAUGUUUCUCUACAAGAACCUCUACAGGAAGACUUCCAGCUCUCCUAUGAGGGUACCAAUAAUCAGGAAUUUCAGUCAGAGUCCUCAUCUCAUGUGGUCAUUAUUAUCGGUAUUGUCAUAGCAGUUGUGUUGAUAAUUGGGAUAAUUGCAGCUGUCAUUUUGUGUAGACAAAAACGAAAGAGAAAAGGACAAGCUUUCGGGGUAUGCCCACUUCUUCAAUGUCCAAGCAGUACUGAUGAGAGUAUAGUAUAGAGAAAGAAAAGGACCAACCUACAGAAUCUCCUAUAGAAGAAAACAACAAGCCUAAAUCAUCUGACCAACAACAAACAAGUCCUGUGAAUGUGGAGAUGGAAGACAACAUUGACACUGAUUUAGCAAUGGGUAGUUCUUUCUCUAAUCCGGAACAAGGAGGUGAUACUAAUUCAGAUAACAUGGAGAAAGAAGGUCUUAUACAUAAUCAUUCCCACUCAGCAUAUGCAUAAGAGAAUAUAGGAGACUCAUCUUUGAAAACUGAGGGGGCCCAUAAAGAACAAAGUCUAGAAACAUGACCAAGAACAAAACAUUGACACUGGGGGUCAUUUACUAUAGCUCGAAAAUGCGAUCACGCGGUACAUGAUAACAGCGCCCAAUUAAGACUUCAACUGGGCGGACAUGCGAAUGGAAUUGGCACGAUUGCUGGCAAACAUGCCUGUCGGCAUAUACUGGAAUAGUUGAAGUCAAUGGGGAUCAAACCAGCAAAAUGAAAAAUGAAAAGUCCUCAUUGAAGGUCGUCAUGCAAGUUAUUUGCUAUAAAAAGUGUAUGGGGACCUGGGUCCUGCCCUGGGGGACAUGUAUCAAUACAAAAAAAAUAUCGUUUUUAAAGA